AGAAGUUGCUUUUAUUAUCUAUGGUUGUCAAUGUUAGCAUCCGUGGCUAACGGAGUGCUAAAGAUAAAGUCUUUAUCCCGGUUUGUUGUGGAGUAAAAUGCGACACCAGACGACAAGAUGAUGAGCGACAACACGGAGAAGCCAGAGAAAAACAAAGUGAUGGGAACAGCGCAGGAAGCACAAAGUUUAACGGUGCCCAGCAGCACAAGACCAAAGAUCACUGAUGGAGGGAUCAGACCUGUGGAGAAAAGAGGACCAUACAUAAUGUCCAGAGCUCCAGCCAUCCACCUCACUCUACAGAAGCACAGAGAGAUGAUGAGGAAAGCACUGAAGAAGAAGAGCCUUGCAUCAGGACCUCCUGUGACGCACCAGCACAGACAAGGUACCAAGAGUUUCAGAACCAUGAAGUACAACAAAGGCUAUGCUGCUCUGAGCCAGCGUGCUGAUGAGAACUUGGUCACUCUGGACUCGGACAGUGAAGAAGAGAUUGAUUUUGAGCAGUAUUCCUCAGGAUACUCUUCAUCUGAGGUUCAUCCCGAUUUAAGCAGGCAGCUGCUGCAGGAUGGAUACCGUCUGGACGAAAUCCCCGACGAUGAGGACCUGGACCUGAUUCCACCCAAAGCCAUGAGCUCGGUGGUGUGCUGCUGCUAUGAUCGGCCGUGCUGUGUCCUUCAGUGACGCGGCCUGAAGAAGGAACACGAAGCUUCUCUCUGCUGCCUGCACUGCCUGAUGACUCCCAGCUUCCCGUUCCUGCUGGACAUCAGAGCAUGCCUUAUCCGCUGUGACCCCAAAGCUUUUUCAUGUUCUCUUUGUCGUUACAUCAUAUCUGCUCGAGAUGGAUUUUAAUUUUGGGAGAAGCCCUCAUUGACCUGCUUCAGGUUGUGCACAGCCUUCGUGCACAUGCAGUGAUUUAACCUUCCAGGUUUACAGUUUGGGUUUUCCCAAUUAACAAGCAGAAGACAGGAUGCUGUCUCACACCGGUAUGAGAAGAUACGUCUGAUGUUUCUUUCUGUUGGGUCCAAUAUACGUAUUUAUUUUUAACAUGUUUUCUUCAGAAAAUGGCUCAGUGCGCAUGAAGGACUCGCUUAUUAAUCAUGGUUGUUUAUUUUUCCCAAAUUUCCAAAGGCACUAUGAGAGCCGUUUAAAUGCUUUGAGAUGAUUUGAUUAACUUUAUAGGAUACAAUUCAUUCCAGAAAGCACUUUGAAGGAUGAGUCCUGCUCUUAUAAAAGGAGUUUAGAUGAGUCAGUAACAAUAUCAGCAUUUGUUUACCAACUUUUUUAACAAGUUAAAAAAGUUAAGUAUACAAGCCACCUGGUUUCACUCCUUGAGAAGACUGCGUUACCUCAUCUGUGCUGCGACAGCACAUUUGUUACAUUAUUAUAUUUUUGCAUUAUUUAACAAAAAGGUGCAACAAUAUUGUAACACUGUAACUCUGUUAUGAGUGUUACAUUAUCAGUGAUGUCACUAAGGCCUCUUUGUGUGACUGUGAGUCUGCCAGCAGUCAUCAGAUUAUCACCUUCUAUUAACUCUUUUUUUUUUUUUUACUCAUUAUUAGAUUGAGUGGAAUUGCACAUUCAACUAGAAUUACAUUGUCAAAUUGUGAUUAUUGUAAUAGUUCUUCCGUACAACAGAUAGACCAGUUUCCUGCACAUUUGAAUGCAAAAAGUUGUUUUUUUUUUCUAUUUUAGUUUUAUUGUUGUUGUUAAUAUAUAUAUAUAUAUACAUAUAUAUAUAUAUAUUUUUUUUCAGAUUAAACUGAUCAGGUGGUAUUUUUGGGUGGGGGUCAGCGACACUGAGACACUGUACUUCAGUUUAUCUGCAGCUGUUAAGUUUGCUUCAAGUUACGCAUUAUGUUCUGAAAAUGUCCUUGUAGUUAUGAAUUUUUAUAUAUAUACUUGCAGAAUGUUUUUGUGUGCAUUUUUAUUCUAAUGUGAAACUGAACUGGAAUUUGUUACUUAAUGCAUAUUUGGAAAACAUUAACAGAUGAUUAUCAAUGACUAAUCGCUCUCAUAAGAGUUAUUUUUAUUUUAUUUUUGUGGGUGCGUGCAACUGGAUAUUUCCUUCACAUGUUAAAUUGUGGAUAAAUGUGCAUAUCUUUAAAGCUGUAGAGGUUUUGCAUAUGGUUUGAUGGAUUAAGUCAGGAUACAUGUGACUUAAUGACCAGAUGGUCAGUAUGUGGUUUAAAAAUAGAACAACCUUUCACCUACAUGCUUCAAUCACUUAAGAUGACACUGAUAAUUUUGUGACUAAAAAACACUUUAAAUGUGCAGCACUUGGUGGAGUAUUGCGUUGUGACUGGUGCAGCAUGUUUUUGCGCCUGCUGUCAACAAGAAGCACACCUGUCUCACAUGUGUUAUGCAACGAUUGGACAAUGUGCUCAUCAUCCAACAUGAUGACAGAUGCAAUAUGCUUAACAUUUAUGCUGUGGAAACACUGACCUUUUGUAAUGAUACCAGUGACUUCAUUCAAUAAAUGUGGUUUAUUUCUGUGAGUGAAACACUGAACACCUGUACUGUCUUCUUUUAUUUCCACAAGGGGGCGGGAGAGAGCUAAUUUACCUUUCGGCUCCCUUAUAUGACGUCAUGCUAAGACAUUUAAAGCAC